UGUCGCAUCUAUAUAAAACAGGGGGGCUGCUUGCAUCCUUACUUCAUUGUGCUAUAACCCUCGUUCGAAGAACUGUACUUACACACGACUGCCACAGGAUGUUUACGAAACUUUUCUUAUGCGUCUUGAUCGUUGCGGUAUCGGCCAUACCCCAGGAGUAUGGUUCAUCUCGACCGCCAGGAGGCAGACAUCCCCCACGUCCUUCAAGUCCCUUUGGGUCUUCCCGACCACCAGGUGGCAGACAUCCUCCAGGCCCAACAAGACCCAUCUCCAGGCCUCCGCCUGGAAGCGCCCCUGGAGGAAUUUCAGGUAGCCAGCCCCCUCCACCUCAAAGGCCCUCUUUCGGUCCACCGCCUGGAAGCGCCCCUGGAGGAAUUUCAGGUAGCCAGCCCCCUCCACCUCAAAGGCCCUCUUUCGGUCCACCGCCUGGAAGCGCCCCUGGAGGGAUUUCAGGUAGCCAGCCCCCUCCACCCUCUUUCGGUCCUCCACCUGGAAGCGCCCCUGGAGGAAUUUCAGGUAGCCAGCCUCCUACAACUCAAAGGCCCUCUUUCGGUCCACCACCUGGAAGCGCCCCUGCAGGAAUUUCAGGCAGCCAGCCUCCUGCACCUCAAAGGCCCUCUUUCGGUCCACCACCUGGAAGCGCCCCUGCAGGAAUUUCAGGCAGCCAGCCUCCUGCACCUCAAAGGCCCUCUUUCGGUCCACCACCUGGAAGCGCCCCUGGAGGAAUUUCAGGUAGCCAGCCUCCUGCACCUCAAAGGCCCUCUUUCGGUCCUCCACCUGGAAGCGCCCCUGCAGGAAUUGCUGGAGUACCUGUCAUUCCAAUCCUGGUCGACGAACGAGAGGGACCAAACGCUGAUGGCUCUUACAGAUUCAGAUUUGAAACUGGCAAUGGCAUCCAGCGUCAGGAACAAGGCUCACCCCUCCCGGAGACUGGUGCCAUUGCUCAGCAAGGCGAUUGGUCAUUCACCUUCCCCGACGGCACUCCGGCCUUCUUCAGAUUCGUAGCUGACGAAAACGGCUACCGAGUGGAGUCUGACCUCCUUCCCACCCCUCCCCCGCUACCUGCCCAUGCCAUCGCCCAGAUCGAAAAGGCUCGACUGGAAAAUGCAGCGCUUUCUGCUUCCUCAGGUGGUAGAGACUUCCAGCGUUCUGGAUUCAGUCAGACCUCCUCCUCCUCCUCCUCCGGCGGCGGCUACGGUAGGCGUUGAAGGGACGACCAAAACUCGAAAAGCAUAUCAAGAAGGUGAAAGAUCGAAAGAUCGACGACAGACGCCCCAAUAAUACUUUCUUCUUCCAACCCGUCCGUGACCUCCUGUGGUGUUGACCUGUUGCAGUUUGCUCUUAACAACCGUUCACUUUUAUCUUUUAUUUUUAUCCCCUUCUCUUCGUGCUUUCUUCCUUCUUUCCUUCCCAUUCCUUCCUUCCCAUUCCUUUUUUAUUUAUUGAUGCUAGUGUCAUCAUUAAAAGAUUCGUAUCUUAA